AUGGGGCGCUCUAGAUGGACAAGAAAAGACCCUUCCUCCCUGACCACUGCCCCAGGAAGACCCCAGGCCAAGCCACGCCCCAUCGCUGCAGCCGCUGCCGCCGCCGCUGUCGCCUCCAUGCCUGGGCAGUCCUCCUCGCAGACUGGAAGGCGCGCGGCGGCGACCCCUGCCACGCCUCGCCGCAAGGAAAACAACGGCGGUAAACCCACGCCCUCCGCCAGGAUCCAUCGCAUGCGCCUACUGCUGAGGAUGCGUUCAGUGAUAGGUCGCUCUAACGAUGGAGACUUCGGCGACGGGGAGGCGGUAAAGGAGAGCAGCGCGAGAAGUUCCAUUGCCAAGGUUAUGUUCAAACAGCAACCGAUUCGUACACAACAGAGGAAACAGGGCACGCGGGAGCCGGACGUGGUGAUCCGCCUUACUACCUGCAACAAGAGCACGAAGGACGAGGUACAGUACAGCUUCACCACAGGCAAGUAUGAGCCGGUGCAGGAUGAAGACCCCCUGCUGGACCUUCUCACUCUCCCCUCCCGCGUCGUGCACAAGAGUGAGGCGCCCCUGAGUAAACUGCUCAUGCCCACACUACCACCGCCGCCCCCGUCCCCGUCACCAGAGUCUCCAGGGGACUCAGAAGCGGAGGAGGGCGGGGGUGAGUCGUGGCGGCCGGGGGAGACAGGACAGCGCCCACUGUUGCCAAGACCAAGGGCUGACACACAACCUAACCCGUUCAACUUCAGCGAGCGAGUCUCCCAAACCACCAGACUCACCAAAAGAAGCCUGGGUAUACAGACCUCGCCGCCUCCCUCCACCACCUUCUCCCGCUGCGUCGGCCUCUAUAAGAUCUACCAGGCUUACAGGGUCGACUACCAGAAGAUACUAGAGCAGGAGAUGGAGAUGGAGAAGAAGGAGAAGGAGAAGGAAAGAGGGACGACGAAACCAAAAGCGGUCCUGGAUCCCAUCGUGGUGGUGCGGCCCCCGUCCCCGCCGCCGCCACCUGGGAAGCUCGGCGGACCAGAUCUGCGCCUUCCUGGUCUCCUGUGGGCGGCGCGGGUGGUGGAGAGGAUGGUGAGCCAGAACACCUACGAUGACAUCUCUCAGGAUUUCAAGUACUGGGAGGACGGCAGUGAUGAGUUCCGGCAUCUUGAGGGCUCCCUGCUGCCCCUAUGGAAGUUUCACCACGACCGCUCCCGCACAUUCAUCGUGUCAGACGUGUGCUGGAGCCCCGUGUACCCUGACCUCCUCGCUGCCGCCUACACCACAGGGGACAUUGGCGGGCCUGAGGGAGCGGGAAUGUUGUGCCUGUACACGCUGAAGAACCCUGCUACACCUGAGAGAGUCUUCCAUACCCCCUGUGGUGUCCUGUGUCUCGACUUCCACCCCAAGCACGGCAAUGUGGUGGCGGCCGGGUGGAGUGACGGCACAGUGGUGAUGUAUGACGUGAGGUCUUCCACCAGGCCGAUCAUCAUCGCCUCCACCUGCCUUAACGACAAGCACCUGUUGCCAGUCACUCAGGUGCGGUGGAUGGAGACAGAGAUUGGGGAGGACCUGUGCUUCUUCUCGGUGUCACUGGACGGACGCCUCACCCAGUGGACAGUGCACGCCGGCAACCUUCAGUUCAUGCACAUCUUGGACUUCAAUGUGGUGGAGCACCUCAGUGGCAGCGUCCCCGUGCGUGACAAAGUGCCACUCGAAGGAGUGGCGACCUCCAUGGCAUUCCGGCCUGACGAUAUCACGGUGGUGGUGGUUGGCGUGGACACUGGUGUGGUGUUUCAGUGCUCCACCACUUGCCCCACCCACUCCCUAUUUGUGUACCCCGCCCACUCCUCCCCCGUCAGGAAAGUGGCUUGGAACGCCCAUCACACCAGAAUAUUCCUCUCCUGCUCUGUGGACUGGACCAUCAAGAUCUGGCUGCAGCACACCUUGGCACCGUUGGUAGUGCUGGACGUGGGGGGAGCUGUGGCGGGUGUUACCUGGUCACCUUUCAGCAGCAGCGUGUUCGUGGCAGUGACUGAUGAGGGGCGGGUGUACGUGUAUGACCUGUUCUUGCGGCGCUGUCGUCCACUAUGUGUGCAGAGCCUGCUGCAGCGACGGCGCGUGGCAGCCACCUCUGUUGCCUUCAACCCCUUCCACCCCAUUGUUGUGGUGGGCGGCGAGAGGGGCCACCUUGUUGCCCUGAAGCUGUCACCCAACCUGAGGAAGCCACACAAGGAUGCCAAGGGUGCUGACGCCCAGCGUCUGCGUGAACUGGAGCUGUACAAGAUGGAGCGACUUAUUGCCACCAGCAACAACACCUCAGGCUGAGCAACCAUAUCUAGGCCACUGGUCAUGGCAAACACUACUGCUGUGAUCUAUCCACAGCACAGGAAGCCACAGGCACACCUUUGUUGGUGCUGUUGUGAGGCAUCAUAUGUCCUGUGAAGAAUGAGUAGGGCUUGAAAGGCCCUGCAUUGCUGCUGCCUUUCUGUGAACAUUCAUGUUGUGCAAGCUAACAAUAACACAACAUGAGAAGGCAUGUUGGUCACUGACGUGAUGAAAUAAAGCCUUGUUCAAAAUAGCACCAGAAUAAAAGAUAACACAAG